AUGUCUAAAGACACUAAAGUGAGACCAACUCAAACCCAGAUGAGGUAUUUGGUUGAUCUAAUGGCCAAUGAUCAACAAUUGUGUUCGGGCAAGUUUACUAAAAGUUUUACACAUAAAAUUGCUCAACAAAGAUGGGAAAGCAUCUCUAUUCAAUUAAAUGCAUUACCAGGUGCGGAGAAGAGUUGGAAUAAGUGGAAGAAAACAUGGCAAGAUACUAGAAACAUAACAAAAUCUAAAGCGGCAGCGAUUAAAAGGCACAUAGAAGGUACAGGUGGUGGAUCAAAAUGCGAAAUUGAACUAAAUGAAGUUCAAAAGGAAAUUUUACCUUUAUUCAGCCAAGCAUCUGUUAGCGGUCACUUUAAUUCUGAAGAGUCAGUGGUUGAGUUUGACUUUGAUGUGUAUCAUGACAAAGAUGUGUUAACUGAUGCUAAUGAAUUAUGUAUUGAAGAGUUGGUAGAGACAAUCACUUACAGUAAUUCUGAGAAAGAAAAUAAUGAACCUCCAUUAAACAUUAAAGCUGUGAAUGAAAAUUAUUACGAGCCUUCAACUUUUGAACCAUUAACAACAACUACAAGUGCUCAUAAACCAAAUUCAAAGAGAAAAUUAACUGCUGGGGCCAAAUUAGAUGAAAGCAAUUCAAUUGCAGAGCGACCGGCUAAAAUUUCAGAGGAAAAAUGUCGUGUUAAAGCAGUAUAUUAUGACAAAAAAUUAAAACUUAUGGAAGAAAACAAUAAAAUCUUAAAAAAUAUAGAAACCGUAGUCUCUACUUUUAUACAUGAAAAGUCUAAAAUUGUAUGA